CUUGAAACCCCAUCGCUCUGACCCGCUUGGCGACCCGCAACGCUGCCGUCGUUGAUCCCGCUUCGACAAUGUCCUCUCUCGAAUCGUGGGCCGUCGAUCGUCUGUCGAUAUUUCUUGGGCUUUCGAGCCAAGAACUCGGGCAGUUCAUUCCGCAUCUCCUGUCGCUCGACACCCCCGCCGCUGCGACAGAUUACCUGCAGGGGCUCCUUGGCGACUCGGCGGAGGUGCAGGAUUUCAUACAAGAGUUUCAGUCUCGUCGAUUCCCCAGCCGACAGCCGUCACGAAAAGAAGCCGGGAACAGAACAAAGCAUCCACAGGGCGCAAGUGGCAAACCACAGCUCGGAGGAGCCGGUUUGUCUAAUGAACGAUCCAGAGCAGAAAGCCCACGACUCGCCAAGCAACUCCAGCCUCCGGUAUCGUCGCCAUCGCCGUCUCAGUCUCCAGUCCCGGCUCCCAAGGUAUUGAGGAUUUCGUCUGAAAAGUCAACCCCGGCACAGACGCCGAAGAAGAUCCGGAACAAGAAAGCCACACCAGCUCUGACAGUCGAGGAAAUCGAGUUCAACGUGAAGGUCGGCAACGCCAUCGGGUUGAACGGGCGGCUCUAUUGCGAAUGCGAAGCUGCAAAGCAUGGACUCUUGACCAACUGUCUGUGCUGUGGCAAGAUCGUAUGCAAACUGGAAGGUGAAGGCCCAUGUCCCAGCUGCGGCACUCUGGUCGAGUCGCGAGAGCAGCAGCUCGCCAUGUUGCAGCAGCGGAAGCAGAAGAAGAGCGAGAGCGGGCCCAAGAAAACGCCUGCCGGGAAAGAUGUCUUUGCCGGCGCUCGCUAUGCACAAAAGUCGGGCUCACAGCCGCCAUCUGCUGCGUCGGUUGUCGGCGGCGGGCUCGGCGACAAGUUCCAGUUCCCAGAACUCCAGAGCGAAAAGGCUCGCCAACAGCUCGAGCAGGCGGAGAGACACAAAGAAACACUGCUGAGCUACCAGCGCGACGGUGCUCGGCGCACCAAGGUUCAUGAUGUCGCGGGUGACUUUGACUAUGAGCGCAAGGCAGCCGAUAAGUGGUCGAGUGCCGAGGAGCGAGCACUGGCCCUCAAGAAAGCGUACGAACUGCGACAGCGAGAGGAAGAUCGCAAGCGCAACCGCAUUAUAUCGAUCGAUCUGGUCAACAAGACUGUUCAUCAUCAAGAUUUGGAUGCCAACACUGCCGGAGCCCUCAAUGAAGAACUGGAAGAUGAGCCUCGGCCACGCACGACCGACUCUGCAUUGCCGGCCAGCUCGCUUUCUCGGAACCCGUUCCGGUCAUUCGAACGGCCGAUAUAUUUGGAGACUGUCCCCGAUACCAAUGAACAAGCUCAUUCUCGAGAGGGCAAGAUGGUGUCAAGGUCGGAUCCGGAACCCAAGGCAGGGGUAGCUGUGACAAAGGGCCUUCAAUCGAGUCAAAGAGCUGGUGCCGCUCUGGCAAAGCAACCAAAAGUAGCGACAAAGCGUCCUCAGCUCAAUCGAAUCCAACACGACUAUGAUGGCGGAUGGAGUGCCGACAUGCUGAAUGAAGUUUCACACGGCCUCAGCGAAGAACCCGCAUGUGGAUAGAGACAGGAGCGACAAGAUCCCGGCAACCCGGACAGCACAUGCCAUGGUGAUGUUCGAGAUAGAUUGACACCCAGCGAGGUGUGAAUGAACUUAUUUCACCGA